AUGUCCGAAAAGUUCCACAACAGCGUCGAGCAUCGAGCCUCAGACAGCACGACUGAUUCCGAAACAUGCAUCAUCAAAGAAGAACGUGAAGGCGGUGUGGCUACAUGGAUGACCGUGGUUGGCUCCAUCUUGGUCUACUAUUGUUCCAUGGGUGUUCUGAAUAGCUUCGGCUUCUUCCACAACUACUACAGCCAUGACUUCCUCAAGAAUACCCCAACGUCGGUGAUCGCCUUCAUCAGGACGCUGCAGAUAGCGUUGACGAACUCGCUAGCAGCGGUGUCUGGGGCACUAUGUGAUUACUACGGCAUAAGAUUUGGUCUGCGCAUUGGUGCAGGUAGCGGCACAGCAGUUGGCUUGCUUGCUAUGUCCUUUGCACAGGCUGGUCGAUUUUGGCAGGUCUUCCUAGUUCAAGGCCUACUCAUGGGCUUCGCUGCUGCCUUUGGCGCUCAGCCUGCACUUACCGUUGUUGGUCAACACUUCCAGCAACAACGGGAAGUAGCUAUGGGCUUUGUUACCGCUGGCUCUGCUCUGGGAGGUAUCAAAUUCCCUCUCAUAUUUGAGCGUCUAUUGUCCAUUCUGGGAUUUCAGUGGAUGCUGCGCGUGGCAGCGCUGAAGGUCGCCGUUCUCUACUCAAUCUCGCUGGCCAUAUCGACCAGCAAGCCUAUUGGAAAGAACCAGCCAAGGAACUGCGGCUCGCUCAUCGAGUUUCGCGGCUUCCUCGACCUACGUUAUGCGGUCCUUUGCAUCAGAGGUUUCUUCGCUCAGUUGGGACAGUGGAUCCCUUUAUACUACAUCAAGAUGUACACAAAUGCAGCAUACCCUGGCAACAAUGUCAGCGAGUACUUCCUGUCCAUGAUGAACGGGUGCAGGAUCUUGGGCGCUGGAGGUCUUUUAGGCGAUCGCAUAGGCCGCCUCAACCUACUCUGGCCUAUGGUGAUGUUCACGGGAUGCAUCUACAUCUUCAUCUGGCAGCUUAUCAACUCUCUCGCUGUGACUGUGCUCUUCGCUUGCCUCUAUGGCUUUGGUACUGGCAACUUCACCGCACUAUUACCAUCGAUUGUAGAACAGAUCACACCAGAUGAGAACCUGGGGACACGAGUAGGCGCAUUCUACAGUGUUGUUGCUGUUGUUCGUCUGGUUGGAACACCGAUUGGUAGUGCUUUGAUCACGAGCGAUGAUACGAAAGAGGGGUACUGGUGGCUGAUAGUCUUCUCGUGUACCACAAUUACCAUUGCAUCGCUGUUCAUGCUCGGCAGCCGCCUGCUACACGACAAGAAUUUGCGGAAGAAGUGGUGA